AUGCUGCCAGAGAGCUCCAGGGAUACCAUGGUGAAAGAAGAAAGUAUGUCAUUUGAUAGCAGCCAAGGGAUAACCCAUGGCAAUGUCCCUGAUCCUUCUCCGGAAAGUGAAACUGUGGACACGAAUCCAGAAGACCCAGAAGUGCCAACUAGUGAUCCAGCAGAAAUUACAAAUGAACAGACAGAAGAGCCUGUUGAAGAGAUAGAAAAGCCUGUGGAAGAAUCAAAAGUGCUUGCUAAAGAUCCAGAAGUACAACAAUCAACAACACCCAGAACAUCAACGACGUCCGAGGAUCUCGAGGAUCCCUCUGCCAACCAGGCGAUCUCACAACACCCAGAAAAAACCACCGCUGAUAGCUCUUCUGCUGUGACUAUCAAUGUGUUGAAAAAAUUGAUUGAAACCAUCAACUUGAAGCCUUAUAAAUUGAAUGCUGAUCAAAAAGAAAUCGCCAAAGAUUGUCAAUCGAUUCUUGAUCAGGGCAAGAUCCCAUCAAUAAAGCUAAUCCGACUAUUGGAAACCUCAGAAAACAAUCUCCAAUUGAAAGUAGCACUUGUUGACGCUGUGUCCAAGAUCUUCAUCUUUGAGAAUUCUAGCUCCUCGUUCAAUCAAAUCAAUUACAAGAAUUGUACCAAAUUCUCAGAUCUCUGUAUUGACACCAUCGCCAAAAUCUUCAAAGAUGAAACCGACGAUGCCAUCGAGUUGCAAAUAGUGAAAACCGUGGUGAAUAUUAUAUUGAACGAUAAUGUCGAAGUCCAUACCGCGAAAUUAUUAGAAGGAAUCAGAUUGAUUUAUAAUAUUUUUAUCUUGACCGUCAAUGAAAACACAAAAUUAAUUGCCGAGGCCACUUUAACUCAAAUCAUUGAUCACUAUUUCCAAAUGAUUGAAAACGGGAUCUCUGCCAGCAGUAGCACGGCCACUUUGAACAAUAGUGCUAAGUUGAAUAGCAGUAGCACCACCAGUCUCAAUAAUAAUGUCAGUCCUUCGAAUAUUGUUUUGGAGAAUCUUGAGAACUUGAAUGAGGCUGAUGAAAAGAAGUUUGGUGAUAUAGAAAAUAGAGUAUUGAGCGAAACCACUGAUGAAUCGGAUAAACAUUCCUUACUUGUUAAAGAUUGUUUCUUGAUCUUCAGAGCCAUGUCGAAAUUAUCAGUGAAAUCCAUCGAUGAAAACUUUUUGGAUGCUAGAUCUACCGCCGUUAGAUCUAAAUUACUCUCAUUAAAAAUCAUUUAUUCAAUCUUGAAAAAUCACAUAAAUUGUUUCCUUAACAAGACCAUCACCAUCUCUUCCAACAUCAGUAAUGAGAAAAUCCCAUUCAUCGAUUCCAUACGAAACUAUCUUUUAUUAGCCUUAACGAAAAAUGCGGUGUACCAAUUGAACGAAAUAUAUUCAGUAUGUUUGGACAUCUUCUACAUCAUGAUCACCAACUUGAGAGCUGAAUUCAUCAACGAAAUCCCGGUGUUAUUUUCAGAAAUUUUCAUCUCCAUCGUUGAAAUGUCAGUGUCCAGUGAUUUCCAAAAAAAUUACUUCCUCUCAGUCGUAGCAAAAUUGGCCAAUGAUCCAAGAUUAUUAAUCGAAUUUUAUUUGAACUUUGAUUGUUCAGAAAACCAGCCUAAUAUCAUUGAAUCAUUGAUAAAUUUCUUGAUAAAGACAGAAAACAAUAACUUACGGAAUUAUGGUCUCACCAAAAGAAAUGACCAGAUGGCCUCUGGUGAAGUUAAUAAUGGCAAACAGGAUGCUACUGGUUAUGAUCCUACCGCUCUCAAUUGUAUUGUCAGUAUCUUGCGAAGCUUGUACAGUUGGACAAAUAAAGGGUUGACAGUAACCAACGAUGAUGGGAAAUCAUUCAACGGGGUGCACAAAAGAUCUUCCAGUGUCAUCAGCAGCAGCAGAGAACCAUCUUCCCCAACUACCUCGGUAAUGUCAUCAACGCCAAUUCUUAGAGAAAUUUCCACCACCGAGGUCGACAACCCGACGGAAUUCGAAUCAGCAAAAAAGCGGAAAACAUUAUUAUUAGAAUAUUGCAAAUCUUUCAAUUAUAAACCAAAAAAAGGCAUUCAAAAAUUGAUUGAAAGUAACUUUAUCAAAUCAUCUGAUCCAAGGGAUGUUGCCAAGUUCUUGUUGACGAACAACAAUAUUUUGGAUAAAGAAGUGAUGGGGGAAUAUUUGGGAGAAGGUGACGAGUACAAUAUCAAUGUCAUGCAUGCAUUUGUUGAUGAGUUUAGUUUUGAAGGAUUGAAGUUUGUUGAUGCCAUGAGAUUGUUUUUGCAAAGUUUCAGAUUACCGGGAGAAUCCCAGAAAAUUGAUAGGUUCAUGUUAAAAUUUGCCGAAACUUACUACAAAAGUCACCCAAAUAGUGUGUUUGCCCAAGCCGAUACAUUGUACGUGUUGUCUUACUCAGUGAUCAUGUUGAAUACUGAUCAGCACAACAAUCAAGUUAAAUCAAGAAUGACCAUUGAGGAUUUCAUCAAGAAUAACUCAGGGAUCGAUGAUGGCAAAGACCUUCCGAGACAAUUGUUGAUUGACAUUUAUAAUGAUAUUGCCAAUAACGAGAUCAUUUUAGAAUCCGAGCAACAUCAUGCAUUAAUUUCCGGAAGUAAAACCCCACAAAUUCCUUCAUCAACCGGAUUGCCAAACUUAUUCUCCAGUGGCAAAGAUAUCAACAUGGAAUAUUACAUUCAAGCAGCCAAGGAAAUUUCCUCAAAGACCGAGAAAGUUAUCAAAUCAAAUACCCAAGGAACUUUACAAAAAAGAACAAAAUUUUUUAGUGCCAAUCAUGUCGAGCACGUCAAAUCGAUUUUUGAUACUUUGUGGAUGUCCUUCUUGGCGGCCCUCACCCCAAGUUUCAAAGAAUUUGAUAAUAAAACUAUUAGCACAUUAUGUUUGGAAGGGAUUAAAUUAUCAAUCAAGAUUGCCUGUAUUUUUAACUUGGCGGACGCCAGAACCUCGUUUAUUAAUGCUUUACUCCAAUUUACUAAUCUUACUAAUAUUGAAGAAAUCAAAAGAAAGAACCUUGAUGCUAUCAAUGUGUUGUUAAAUAUCUGUGUUAGCGAUGGUAACCAUUUAAACUCUUCGUGGACCGAUGUUUUGAUGUGCAUUUCUCAAUUGGAAAGAUUACAGUUAAUUGCUCAAGGGGUUGAUGCGUCCAAUAUUCCUGAUGUUUUGAACGCCAAAGUUGAAAAGACUCUCAAUAAUGAUGGUCGUACGUCUCAUGAAAGCAUCAGAUCUUUCAACACCAAAUUUUUCAGCAGAAGAUUAGCCAAUCCUUCAGAAUUAGCACAGCAGCAUCAUGCCAAUCAGAAACUUCAUCCGGAAAUCGCAUCAUUGAUUGCUUCUACUGAACUAACCGUGAAAAUCGACAAAAUUUUCGCCAGUACCGAGAAAUUGGACAUUGAUGCUAUCACAUUUUUUAUCGAAGCAUUAAUCGAAGUGGCUUUGGAUGAGGUGGAAUCAUCUGGCAAUAGUAGCCAUCCAAGAAUUUUUUCAUUGCAAAAAAUGGUAGAUAUUUGUUACUACAACAUGGGAAGAAUCAGGGUCGAGUGGUCAAGAUUAUGGUCCAUCAUGGGCGAAUCCUUCAAUAAGAUUGGGUGUAAUUUCAAUAUGAACAUUGUGAUCUUUGCCCUUGAUUCGUUAAGACAGCUCUCGAUGAGAUUUUUCGAGAUUGAAGAAUUGGCGUAUUUCAAAUUUCAAAAAGAUUUCCUCAAACCGUUUGCAUUUGUCCUAUCGCAUAACGAAGCAGUGGAGUGCAAAAUGAUGGUGCUUGAUUGUAUUGAUAACAUGAUUUUAGCAAAAUCCGAUAAAAUCAAGUCUGGAUGGGUAACGAUAUUUGAAUCUUUUUCCAAGGCGGCUGCCAGUAAUAACGACCAAGUGAUCACCAGAACUUAUAAGAUGUUGAGCAAAAUCAACAAGAAUUACUUUGAAGCACUAUAUCGUCAAGAUGCUUUCACUGGAUUAGUUGAUGCCUACACUGCGUUGGCGUGUAAUGAAUAUAACCAAAGGGUAAGUUUGCACGUGAUUUCUGAUAUGAGGAACUUGAUUAAAAAAGUUCAGAAUUAUGACGGUAGUGAACAUCCAGAAGUUAAUAAAGAAGGUGUUUCGAAGACAACCACCAACACUAAAACUAUCAAAUUUUUGCCAGUAUUGACUGGCUUCAAUAAAGUUAUUUUGCAGAAUUCUGAUUUAGAGAGCCGCUCAAUUUCAUUAGAUCAUUUGUUUGACUCGUUGGUGGAAUACGGUGAGAAUUUUGACGAAAGCAGUUGGAGUGAGAUCUGUCAUGAGUUGUUAUUCCCGAUCUUUGGAGUGUUGAGCAACCAUUGGAGUCAGUUGAAUAGCCAUGAUGAUUUAUCAGUGUGGUUAUCCACUACUUUAAUACAGGCAUUGAAAAACAUGGUGGCGAUCUUCACCCAUUUUGAUACGUUAUUGCCAAUGUUGGAUGGAUAUCUUAAGUUGCUUUGUUCUUGUAUCUUGCAGGAAAAUGAUACCAUCUCGAGAAUUGGCAGGAAUUGUCUUCAAAGCUUGAUUUUGGAAAACUGUAAAAAAUUCAGGACUACUGAUUGGAACAAAGUCACCGAUACUUUGAAUGAAUUGUUUGAUGCCACUACUGCUGUGGAAUUGUUUUUGGCAGAUCCUUUACGAGUCGAAGAGAAAAGCCAUGCCCAUAUUGAAGGAGAGUUUAGUAAAGCCAGUGAAUUUAAUGCCGAAACUUUGGCAAACGGGUUUGCUGUCAAUAAGAAUGAUGAAGAUAAACAUGUCAGUGAUAAACAAGAUGAUGAAGAAGAUCAAGAAGAGUAUAAUCAGUCCACUGAUACGGUGAUUAUCCAUAAUAAUGCUGCCACUCUAUCGACUACUCAGACUCCUGUCACUACUACCGAUGGCCUUGAUAUGACAUCGCCCCAAUCCAAUAAUUAUGAAUUCCGUCCAGCCAAAUCGUCUUCCGAAGAACAUAAGAAACGGGUGAAAGAGAAAAGUAUUAUUGUCGUGAAAUGUGUUUUGCAAUUAUUAAUGAUUGAAACAUUGUCCGAAGUGUUUGAAGACGAAACUUUCUACGAGAUGAUCCCAAUGGAGAAUUUGCUCUCGUUAAUUGGGGCUUUAGAAAAAUCCUAUAAUUUCUCUCACGAAUUCAAUGAAGAUUACAACUUACGGGUGAGAUUGUGGAACUCUGGAGUGAUUGAAAGAUUACCAAACUUGCUCAAACAAGAAUCUUCAUCGUCGGGAGUAUAUAUCAAUAUUGUUUUCCGGUUGUUAGUCAAUGGUAAAAAAGCCACAGAAAAGCAAAGAGAGGCGCUUUUAGCAAAAUUGAUUCCAUUAUGUGUAAAGAUCAUCGAGGAUUAUAUCUCACUAGAUGAGACCACCAAGCAAAGAAACAUCAAUACCUGGAGACCGGUGGUGGUGGAAAUCAUGCAAGGUUACUACGAGUUGGAGGAAGACGAUUUCAUCAAACAUUGUCCAAUCAUGUACGAUUUGAUCUUGAGUAUUUUGGAUAAACAACUUCCUCAGGAGUUGAGAUCUUCCAUUAAAAGCUUUUUGACCCGGGUUGGGGAAGUUUACGUUAGAAUUUAA